UACAGGAUGACGUCAAACCCACGAGGAUUCUGUGUUGUGGUGAAUAAUAAGAACUUUAAUGAAGGCACAAAACUUGAAGAUCGAGAUGGCACAGAGGAAGAUGUGAUUUCUUUGCAGAAUCUUUUCAAACAGUUAUAUUUUACAGUUGAUAUUCACAAUAACCAAACUGCAGAGGAAAUAAAAAGCAUAGUAAAGUGGUACAAAGAACUUGACCACUCCAAUUAUGAUUGUUUUGUGUUGGUGAUUUUAUCUCAUGGUUCCUGUGGUAAUGUUCUUGGUGUAGAUGGCAAGGAGGUGUUCAUCAAUGAUAUCUUUGACAGUUUUGAUUCGAUAGCAUGUUCAAGCUUAUGUGGAAAACCAAAACUGUUUUUCAUUCAAGCUUGCCAGGGA